AAGCCCACACGGUUUCCCAGCAGAGCACAGCCCUCUGUCACAUGGUCCACACUCACUCACUGGAGCUUUUCACCAGGACACAAGAGGGAGGACAGGAGGACGCACGGCAGGAGCUGCACGCCGAGACGAACAUUUUACAGAGAGGAUACACUGUCGUACAAGAGGCCGCUUCGUUCUCCUGGGGAAAUGCGUUUUUUGGUAUCAUUUUGUUGCAGCACCAUGUAAAACUCCGCCAUAUUCAACCCAACACCACGACACUAGCAGCAGCAGCAGCACCACCACCACCACGCCCGGAGCUCAGCCACCAGAGGUGAAGAAGCGUUAUUAUCCAGGAGGAAUGAUCCUGAGCUCAGUGGGAGCCUGCUGCCUCAGCCCGGAGGCCAAAGAGGCUCGCAGGAUCAACGACGAGAUAGAGAGGAGGCUCCGCCGGGACAAGAAGGACGCCCGCCGGGAAUUCAAACUCCUGUUGCUCGGAACUGGUGAAAGUGGGAAGAGCACAUUCAUUAAGCAGAUGAGGAUCAUCCAUGGACGUGGAUACUCUGAGGAGGACAGGAGAAGCUUCACCAGGCUGGUCUUUCAGAACAUCUUCACAGCCAUGCAGGCCAUGAUCCAGGCCAUGACUGCACUGAAAAUCCCCUACAAGUAUGAACACAACAAGGCCAACGCCAAUAUUGUCAGCGGGGUUGAUGUGGAGAAGGUGACGACGUUGACAAAUCCCUUCGUGGACGCCAUCAAGAGCCUGUGGAGUGACCCGGGGAUUCAGGAAUGUUACAAUCGGAAGAGGGAAUACCAGCUCUCGGACUCGGCCAAAUACUAUCUAAAUGACUUGGUCCGAAUUGCUGAUGCUGCUUAUCUGCCAACCCAGCAGGACAUCCUGAGAGUCAGGGUGCCCACAACAGGUAUCAUAGAAUACCCAUUUGACCUGGAGAACGUGGUGUUCAGGAUGGUGGAUGUGGGGGGCCAGCGUUCAGAGAGGAGGAAGUGGAUUCACUGUUUCGAGAAAGUCACAUCUAUCAUGUUCCUUGUGGCACUCAGCGAGUACGAUCAGGCUCUCAUCGAGUCUGACAACGAGAAUCGGAUGGAGGAGAGCAUGGCCUUGUUCCAGACGAUCAUCACCUACAAGUGGUUCAAAGACUCCUCCAUCAUCUUGUUUCUCAACAAGAUUGAUUUACUGGAGGAGAAAAUCAUGCAUUCACAUUUGGCUGACUACUUCCCCGAAUAUGACGGUCCAAAGCAGAAUAUCAAAGCAGGAAAGGAAUUCAUCUUGAAUAUGUUCGUCACUCUCAAUCCCAGCGAGAAAAAAAUCAUAUACUCCCACUUCACCUGUGCCACAGACACAGACAACAUUCGAUUUGUCUUCCGAGCGGUGAAAGACCACAUCUUGCAUGAAAACCUAGAAGUGUACAACUUGGUUUAAAAUGGUGGGGCUCAUACAAACUGGCAUUGAGGAAGUAAGUAAGUAAGGAAGAAAGGAAGGCUCUGCAGUGACUCAGUUUGCCUCACACUGUUCCUGAACACCAUCAUCCCAAACAGGAAAUCGAGAAGCUGUAGAGCUUGUCGCCAAAUGAUUGUACUACUGAUGUCUUUCAGAUUUUCCUGUUUGCAUUCUUUUGAAAAUGGAUGUCUCCAGCCAUAUUGAAGUGUGUCCUGACUUUUAGUGCCUCCUUAGUGAAGAGUCUGUUCUAGCACAUGCUCUGAAAUUUAUGGAGCUCUUUGUGAACAUUGUGGAGCAGUAACGAUACAAAUCCACAGUGAUGGAUUUAGAGGGGAAACAAGUAUUUCAGUGGCCUCUGACAACUCUAAGGACUAGUAAUGCACUUGGUCUCUGCUUCAGGGAAUCACCUCACAUUAUUAACCCACGUUUGGUCAUAGACUUUUCUUUUUUUUUCAAGUUACAAAUACUCUAAAUGCUGUCUGCAUUUUGACUUAAUGAGUCCAACACUAAUGACAAUUUAUUUUAUCAGAGACAUUGAUUUGCACACUGUUUGUAGCAUUGGUUGUAGCAUUAGCAUCACAGCGUUAGCUGAUCUCCAGUAUGUGUGAACCUCACUGAGUUGAUCAUUUCAACAACCUCGAGUCAAGUGUCAGUGUUAAACCACUUUUUGCGAGUGCAGCAUUGUUUUUUUUAAAAAAGUAUAAUUUAACACAUUUCAAAGGGACGUUUUCAUUCUUCUCUUUUUUUUAGUCUCGUAUCAAAGCUACAGAAUGAAGUGUUUUGAGUUCAGGGACCAUUUGUUGAGGUUUUCAAUAGUUUUUCUUUCUUUUGACAUUAUUUACUAAAAGGGCUUUAGAUCUUGUUCCACUGUUUAUAUGAAUGCAUAGUGUAAAUAUUUCAUGGUACAUCAUUUUUUAUAGUCCCUCACUCCCCGUUUUUUUUUUUGGAAGUCAGUAUUUUGAAAUGCUUAGUGCAGGAGAGAGAACUCGUGUUUGGCAUUAAACCUUCCUGACAUGAAUUUACAUACAUACAUUUGGAGAAGGUAUGAACGGCAUUAACAAAGCAUCAAAGUGUAUCCACGGCAGGUUUAUAUGAGCAUUCUCUUAUUGUUAAAAAAAUAAUUAGUCAAAAUUUGCACAUUCUCUCUGUCACUGAGGUAUUUUAGUGUGUGUUUUUGUAAUCUGGAUAAAUAAACACAUUUUGCUGCUCA